UCUGCAGGAGACGUAUGAAGCUAAGAGGAACGAGUUCAUGGGUGAGCUGCAGAAGAAAGAAGAAGAAAUGAGGCAAAUGUUUGUCCAAAGAGUCAAAGAGAAGGAAGCCGAGCUUAAAGAAGCAGAGAAAGAGCUGCACGAGAAGUUUGACCGUCUGAAGAAACUCCACCAGGAUGAGAAAAAGAAACUGGAGGAAAAGAAGAAGUCCCUGGACGACGAGCUCAACACGUUCAAACAGAAAAAGACUGCAGCAGAGCUCUUGCAGAACCAAGCUCAGCAGGCAGGGGCUCUACCACACUCAAGAGGGACAAAGAGAGGAAAAACUGAUGUGACUCCGUGCCUGUUAGAAAAGGAAGAAGACACUUGCACUGAGAAGCUUAGGAUCCCUGUAGAAAAAGUGCUCCCUUGUGGCCAUCCUGCUGUGAAUGAGUUUCCACCCCAUCAUCCUUUACCGUGCCCCCCUCCCCCACCCUCACCCCAAACUCCCGUAAUUCAACCCUCCACAUGCUUCCCCCCCCCCUGCUCUGUGGAAGACGCUGGGCAUUGCUAUCAGUUUACAUCACCUGUUUAUGCUGAAUGAUGCUUGUCUAUUAUUUGGUUUGUACAAGCAAUUAUUCAGCGUGUCUUUUUAUGCAAAUUGACAAAAAAUGCAUUCCAUAUUUGUUUUAUAUUCAGUGGUUUCUUUGCAUGAUGGAGUGAGCUUUUUUUAAUAUUAACAUACAUGACUACUGUUGUGAUGGGCAGAAAUGUAUUGAGGCUAAAGAGAAACAUGCAUCAGACACUGGGACCUGAGAGUGAAGAAAGAAUUAAAGCCACUGAGGAUUGAUGCGAGGAUGGUUGAAGCUAAUGUUGCAUAACCCUGAUCCAUCUUCAGCUUAGUGAUUUUUAAUUUUACAAACUCAGUGCAACAGCAGCCUAUGGAGUAACUGUAAACAACAGUCAUAAACAUAUUUCUUAGUAGGUAGUAAUUACUUAACAGUUGGCUUUGGGUUGAGCUAGUUUGUUAUUAGUUAAAGGUUAUAAUCCUUAAGAUUUCAGUUGACACCAGUGAUUACCAUGUUAACAGCAAGUGUGGUUUUAUACUACAGCGCUGAGCAGCUACUUUGUCAGAAAUACAACAGCAGAGCGACUGGUGUAGCUGUUUACUGUGUAGCCACACAAACUCAUUGUUUUGGUUUUAAAAAAUGUAAGAAAUCUGUCAGAACUUGGCCUUUUACCAUCAUGUGCAACUACAAUCUGAUUCCAUGCUGCAUACGACGCAAGUAGUUACACCCUGGCGCUAAUCUUAGUGACAGAUACAUUACGUUUGCUGUGAUUGCUUCACAGUAAAAGGCACCACGUUUCAUCAGUUGAAUGCUUUUCAGCGUGAAGCAGCAGCAGCAGGAAAGUGCAAGUAGCAGUAUGGCUCUGACACGGCUUUAUUAGAGGGAACCAUAAACAGUGAGUCUGAUGAGAUAAAUUUACAGUAAUGUUUGAUUAUAUGGUCACAUUAUUUACUGUGAAUACUGUGUGUGUGAAGGCAGUUUGAAAUCUAGCUCAGAAAUGGCGGACCCUGCCGCUAACAAUGAAAACUACAUUUAAAGAGGUAAUUACUGAAUACAUAUACGUUAAAUGGUAGCUGCUGUGAAAAUGAUGACCAUAAAUAGGAUAGCACUCCAUAAAAAUCUUACAUUAAAAGUUCCAUUAAAACAUUAAAAGUUCCACUAGUUAUUACUGCGGCCGUACAAGUUUGGGCUUGAAGUAAAAAAUAGAAACAGAGAUCUCGUUCUCUAUUUUUGGUAUUUAUGUCCCUUUGCUGAUGUUGUUUCACUUUAGCCUGAUGCAUGAGAAGAUGUGAGCCUAAUCUCUUUGCCACUUCUCCCAUACCUCAUUCAUUGUCAUGUGUUUUGUGCAUAUUUGUAUUAGCUUUCACAUUUGCACUUUUUUUUUUUUACACACACAAAUGUGAUAUUUUUAAGUAUAUAUUAAUGUUGUCAGUGCAAUUGUAACUUUCUUUUUAUUUGACUUAUUAUGAAGGCACAUUUAAAAGUCAUUCCUCGUGAUGUCCAUUGUCCUGCAGGGACCAGUGUUGUUUGUAUCCGUGUUACGCAUAAAAAAUACAAUAUCUCAAAAGAAAAUAAAUAAAGGCCAAUUUCACCAAAUGUUACAA